AUGUCAUUGAAGAAAUCGACGACGUUCAAGAUUGGUGAUACGGCAGCGAAUGGGAAUCGUGUUGAUAGAGAGGAUAGCUCGAAUGGAGAAGAUGAAUAUGAGGUGCAGGAUUUGAGAGACAGAAUGAAAUCAUCGAGGGGAAGCCGAUUCAAUUUGAUUGAGAACGAGUUAGGGCUCGAGCUUACUCGCCGGAAGUUUAGCAGACAGACCGUCAUUAAUGGCCUCAAAGACCUUUCGCGAGGAUUAGCCAUUCAUCCCGAUAACAGAUGGUAUCGAGCAUGGGAGAAAUUCAUACUGAUAUGGGCAAUUUACUCAUCUUUCUUCACGCCAAUGGAGUUUGGAUUUUUCCGGGGACUGCCCAGGAAACUUUUCUUCUUGGAUAUUGCUGGUCAAAUCGCCUUUCUUGUCGACAUUAUCCUGCAAUUUUUUGUUGCCUAUAGAGAUAGUCAUUCCUACAAAAUGGUUUAUAAGCGUACGCCAAUAGCCGUCCGGUAUCUCAAAUCCCAUUUUAUCAUUGAUCUCCUAGGUUGUCUACCUUGGGAUGUUAUUUACAAGGCUGUUGGAGGAAUAGAAGAGGUGAGGUACCUUCUACUGAUUAGGUUGAGUCGGGUUCGAAAAGUUACAGCUUUCUUCCACAGGAUGGAGAAGGAUAUCAGGAUCAAUUAUCUCUUUACGAGGAUAGUAAAACUUAUUGCUGUAGAACUCUAUUGCACGCACACAGCAGCUUGCAUCUUCUACUAUCUAGCAACCACUCUGCCAGAGGAGAAGGAAGGAUACACAUGGAUUGGGAGUUUGAAAUUGGGUGACUAUAGUUAUUCACACUUCAGAGAGCUUGAUAUGUGGAAGCGAUACACAACUUCCUUAUAUUUUGCCAUCGUUACCAUGGCGACAGUUGGGUAUGGAGAUAUACAUGCGGUCAAUCUGAGAGAAAUGAUAUUCAUUAUGAUUUAUGUCUCUUUUGACAUGAUUCUUGGGGCAUACUUGAUUGGUAACAUGACAGCACUGAUUGUCAAAGGAUCAAAGACAGAAAGAUAUAGGGAUAAAAUGACAGAUCUUAUCAAAUAUAUGAACAGAAAUAAACUUGGAAGGGACAUCCGUAAUCAAAUAAAAGGUCACUUGAGACUACAAUAUGAAAGCAGCUACACAGAUGCUUCGGUUCUCCAAGAUAUCCCUGUCUCAAUUCGUGCCAAGAUAUCUCAGUCUUUAUACAAGUCUUAUGUUGAAAAUGUUCCUCUAUUCAAGGGAUGCUGCUCGGAAUUCAUCAAUCAAAUUGUAACUAGGGUACAUGAGGAAUUUUUUUACCCAGGAGAAGUUAUAAUAGAACAGGGAAAUGUUGUGGAUCAACUCUAUUUCGUCUGUCAUGGUGUUCUGGAGGAGGUUGGCAUUGGGUCAGAUGGAUCAGAAGUGACAGUAUCACUUCUGGAGCCUAAUAGUCUAUUUGGAGAACUUUCCAUUGUUUGCAACAUUCCUCAGCCAUAUACAGUCCGUGUUUGUGAAUUGUGUAGGCUCCUGCGGAUUGAUAGACAGUCUUUCUCCAAUAUACUUGACAUAUAUUUUCAUGAUGGGCGAAUCAUCUUGACUAACUUAUUGGAGGGAAAAGAAUCUAAUCUUCGGGUGAAGCAACUAGAGUCAGAUAUCACACUACAUAUUGGAAAAAAAGAGGCUGAGCUUGCUUUGAGAGUGAAUAGUGCAGCUUAUCAUGGCGAUUUGUAUCAAUUGAAAGGUCUGAUUCGGGCUGGUGCUGAUCCCAACAAGAAAGAUUAUGAUGGAAGAUCACCCUUGCAUCUUGCUGCAUCACGAGGUUUCGAAGACGUUACUCUUUUUCUAAUACAAGAAGCUGUAGAUGUCAAUGCUGCAGAUAAUUUUGGAAAUACGCCCUUACUUGAAGCCAUCAAGAGUGGACAUGACAGAGUUGCUUCUUUGCUUUCUAGAGAGGGGGCCUUGUUGAAGAUUGAUAAUUCUGGUAGUUUCUUAUGCACCUUGGUUGCGAGAGGAGAUUCUGAUUUUCUCAGAAGAGUUUUAUCCUAUGGAAUUGAUCCAAACUCCAAAGACUAUGAUCACCGAACCCCACUUCACAUAGCUGCCUCUCAUGGCUUAUAUUUGAUGGCAAAAUUGCUUUUGGAAGAGGGGGCAAGUGUUUUCUCAAAGGACGGAUGGGGAAACACCCCAGUAGACGAAGGGAGAAUGUGCGGAAACAAGAAUAUGAUCAGACUUCUAGAAGAAGCUAAAGCUGCCCAAUUAUCUGAAUUCCCUGAUCGCUCUCAAGAAGUUACAGGUAAAAAAAUUUCAGUUUCUGACUUGAGUUUGCAGAAUCGAGAUAUUAACUUUCAUUACUAUUACUGUUGA